GUGGUGAGCACAGUAACAGAUGGGUACCACCGUUAACUCCCAGAAGAAGACAGUGGCUAGUUAUUCCAAAGUACCAAGCUAAUUCUGUUAAAACGAAUUGGUUUUCGUCGACCAGGCGGCUUCUAAUUAACAGAAACUUCUAAAAUAUCACGUUGUGGCUUUAAUGGUGAAAUAAGCCGUAUUUUCCGGGGGGAUGUUCGGCAGGUCGUAUCAGCUGCUUCCGCAGAGGGAUUCAAGCUCCCAGAAGACUCCUGGUUUGUUUGUGAACUCUCACAGCUUUUCACAGCCAAGCUAUCAUAAAGGACUUUCCUUUGAUUAUAUCCCAAAUAUCUCUGCAAACGACUUUACUGAUGCCUCUCAGGGAUGGGUGUCUUGGAUCUGCAACCUGAUUGUGAUCUUCCUCGUUUACAUCUGCACCUUCAUAGCCUUCCCAGUAACAGGAUGGUUUGUUCUAAAGACUGUCCCGAACUACCAGAGGGUAGUAGUGUUCCGUCUGGGUCGGGUUUGUCCCCCUAAAGGCCCCGGGGUUGUGCUGGUGCUGCCCCUCAUUGAUCAGUGGCAGAGAGUGGACCUGAGAACCCGAGCCUUUAACGUCCCCCCAUGUCAGGUGAUUACUCGGGAUGGUGGCGUGUUGUUAGUGGGAGCAGACAUCCAGUUCAGGAUCUGGAACCCAGUCAUGUCAGUGGUGUCGGUCCAGGACCUGAAUGCCUCCACCAGGAUGACUGCGCAGAACGCUUUGACCCACAGCCUGUCCAAGAAGACCAUCAGGGAAAUUCAAACUGAGAGACUGAAACUAGAGGAAUAUCUUGGUGUAAGUUCAAACAUGAGCCGUUUGUUAUAUUUCACUGGAUGCUUAAUAUUUAGUGCCAACAUAAUUUCCAUGAUAAAAGCUCUUAAACUUGUAUGUUUUCUUGUGUGUGUGCAUGUUUCAGGUAGUGGCGCAGCUGGGUCAGGGUCCUUGUGUGGAGAGCCUGAUGUGACUUUGAGCAUGAGCGAUUGCGACCUCGUGGACAUGUUCCAAGGGAGGCUGCGACCGUUCGCCGCGUACACCAGCGGCAAGCUCAAGGUGCAGGGAGACGUCAAGACGGCCAUGAAGCUGGAAGAACUCAUAAAGCAGCUUAAAAAGUAGCUUCCACUGUAACUUUGUUUUGCUCUUAAAUGGAUGCUUAAAUUUUACAUGUAAAUUCAAUACAUUUUAAUAUAUGUUUUUGAUUAAAGUUAUUAAAAA